GCGGAGCCGCCGCGGAGGGGGUGGGGCGGCGGCAUGGAGCAGGAGGGCGACGAGACGCCUCAGCGGCAGCAGCCCCGAAGCGGCAAUGCUUUAAUUUCCCUUAAAUUGACGAAAUUGACAGUAAAAUACGCUGCAGUAUCCCUCGAAAAGAAACACAUUAUAUAAUCCCCUAAAAAAAAAGCGUGCUUCAUGGUACGGACGUUGUAGAGCGUUUUCCUCCCGAAGAAGAGGCAGAAACGGACGUUGACGGCCAGCGUCUGUCUUGCGAGGCGUAACGCGAACGCGGCGCGGAAGUUCUUCUCCCAAAGAUAUGGAUAAGAAAACAGAUGUAGAGGAGCCUUUACCUGUGUGCAACCAGUAUCCCAAAGAAGCAGUGAGGAAAUACCAGAAUUCAGGUCGAGGUUCCAGGGGCAGUGAUUCUUCCAGGACCUCCAGGAAGAGCUUCAGGCUGGACUACAGAUUAGAAGAAGAUGUAACUAAAUCAAAGAGAGGCAAAGAUGGGAAAUUUGUCAACCCGUGGCCAACAUGGAAAUCACCAACCUUGCCAAAUAUUUUGAAGUGGUCCCUCAUGGAAAAAAAUAACAGCCACGUGCCAGGCUCAAAACAGGAACUUGAUAAAGAGCUUCCAGUGUUAAAACCUUACUUUGUUCAAAACCCGGACCUUGCUGGAAAGACUGGAACUGGUAUGCGAGUCACAUGGUUGGGACAUGCCUCAGUUAUGGUGGAAAUGGAUGAACUUGUAUUUCUCACUGACCCCAUCUUCAGCCAGCGGGCUUCCCCUACGCAGCUGAUGGGUCCCAAGCGCUUCCGAGGACCUCCGUGCACAGUAGACCAGCUCCCUAGAAUAGAUGCAGUCGUGAUCAGUCACACGCAUUAUGAUCAUUUGGACUACAACACUGUAAUGAGUUUAAACGAGCGCUUUGGCAGUGAGCUGCGCUGGUUUGUGCCUCUAGGGCUCUUAGACUGGAUGCAGAGAUGCGGUUGUGAGAAUGUGAUUGAACUGGAUUGGUGGGAAGAGAACUGCGUCCCUGGUCAUGAUGCGGUAACUUUUGUCUUCACCCCUUCUCAGCAUUGGUGCAAAAGGACUGCAACAGAUGACAACAAGGUUCUUUGGGGCAGCUGGUCUGUCUUGGGACCUUGGAAUAGGUUUUUCUUUUCAGGAGAUACUGGAUACUGUGUUGCUUUUGAACAGAUAGGUAAAAGGUUUGGACCAUUUGAUCUUGCAGCCAUCCCCAUUGGAGCUUACGAGCCAAGGUGGUUUAUGAAAUAUCAACAUGUGGAUCCUGAAGAAGCAGUAAGAAUCCAUAUUGAUGUUCAAGCAAAGAAGUCUGUAGCAAUUCACUGGGGAACCUUUGCUUUAGCAAAUGAGUAUUACUUGGAUCCUCCAGUUAAACUGAAUGAAGCUCUUGAAAGAUACGGCUUGAAAAAAGAAGACUUCUUUGUCUUAAACCAUGGAGAAUCACGAGACUUGAGUACAAAUGAUGAUGGAUUUGAAUAAUGAAAUACUAUCAAUUCCUUAUAAGCUUUGUUUGAUUUGAACUAGGAACUGAUACUACAAAUGUUGAUUUAAUGUACUUACAAAGUAGAGUUUUGAGUGGAUUGAAUUUUUAGAUUCUAGGUUUUUUGGUUUCAUAACUAAAACUUGCACACAGAUUUGAUGACAAAUUUUCAUACUAAAAUUGUUUAUAAAUCAUGAGGUGAUCUAAACACUGGUUAAUAUAUAAGGUAUUGUCUAGGACUAAUUUGCAGUUUCAACUCUUAUGUACAUCACUGAUAAAUACUGUUCUUCUUAACACUUUAUUUUCAGCUUAUCUAAAACAGCAAUAACCUCAGAACAGGACAUAUUCUUAGAAUUAAUGGCUGACUUAAAUUCAUCGUCUUUAGAAUGUCACCUCCUGCUUGUUGGUCAUUGAUCUUCGAAAUAUGCCCUGUACCUUGAUAGCUUCAGUGUAUGUUCUGUGGCAAGGAGUCUUCCAAUAAAGCACAAGUACAGUAAAAUAAUUGUUUUACUGAGUGCUUCUACAUUUUCAUUUAUUGAAGAAUCACAAAAGCUAUUUUAAAAUGAUCUAAAGAAAUGUGCCUUCUAAAGAGAGAGAUUAUUUCAUAUUGCAUCACUAAUGCAUAAAACUUACUGCUGGCCAGAAUAUCUGCACACUUCUGCUAUUUUGUCUUUAAGUUAUGCCUGAAUGUGUCUAAAAUAAUUGUCUUGUCAAAUGCAGUACAUGGAAAUGGAAAAAUCCCUUAAUGGCGCUUAUCUCUGUGUUGACGCAGCCUAUUAUUAAGUACCUUUUUUUUUUUUUUUUAAGUGAAAAGUCUUAAGCUAAGGGCUAUGCUAAUUUUUUAUAGUUUCCUUGUUAUUUUACAAAGUUGAAUGGGAGAUUAAAAAAUGGUUCAGUAUUGUAGGACUUGGCUAAAUGUAUUUGUAUCAAAUUGCCAAACUAAUUACAAAAUUAAAGCCUGUUGCUGCCAAAAA